UCACAAUUUACAAUUUAAAUUUUUUUAAUUUUAUAGCAGUUGCCAGUUAAUUUAUUAAUAUGGCUACACAUUAUUAUCGACAAAUAAUUGCUAAAAAUCUUACUAACAACUUAAAAACAAGGAUUUGUUCAUCAUAUCUAUCAACUUUACCUAAACCACAACUUGAUGUUGUACAAGAUGUACAAUCUCUUCAUGAUGAAUCCAAGUAUAAGUUGUCUAACCCAGAUGCUUUUGAUGUAAAAAAUAUGGUUAAAAUUAAAAAUUUAUUUGAAGCUGGUGUGCAUUUUGGACAUACAGAAGGAACAUUAGAUAAUAGAAUGAAACAAUAUUUGUAUGGUAACAGAUUAGGACAUUUAAUAAUCGAUUUAAAUCAUACUAAAAGACUUCUACAACAGGCACUUAACGUUACUGCACAUAUAUCAUAUAGAGGCGGAGUAAUUUUGUUUUUGUGUCAAUCACCCCUCAAUUGUUUGACUGUUGAAAAUUGUGCAAAAGAAUGUGGUGAAUUUGCUCAUACAAGAUAUUGGCGUGAUGGUAUGUUUACAAAUUCUUCUAGAAUUUUCAAAUCUGAAACAAGAUUGCCUGAUCUGUGCAUAGUAUUAAAUACACUAAGCAGUACAUCUAAAAACAACAGUGGGCAACAUAGUGUUCUUUCAGAUGCAGCAAAAAUGUUAAUACCAACUAUUGCUAUUGUAGAUACAGAUGCUAAUCCCAAUAUUGUUACAUACCCAAUACCAGGCAAUGAUGACACACCAAGUGCUAUAAAUCUUUAUUGUGAUUUAUUUAAAAAUGUUAUUCUCAAGGCUAAACAAAUUAGAAAAGAAAUCUUAGAUAAAAAUAAAACAUCAUUUUAACAUAAAAA